CGGGGAAAGAUAUCUCACAGCAGAGACUAUGGCUAGCGAUAACUGGGACUUUUUUAAUUUGGAAGACGCAGGGAUCAACUGCAUGGCUAUGUACAACUCAAAAAUUUAUUUCUUGUUACCUGGGGUAUAUGGUAACUAUGGCCAGUAUCAAGGAUACAUUGUGAAACUUGAAUUACGGCUAUUAGAUGGAUGCGAAGACAAAUGGAGCAAGAAUACAGAAGCUGGUUUAAAUAUUCUUAAAUGUUCAAAAUUAAUUGCAAAUGUUACGGAAGAUUCUGAAAGCAAAAUAAACUGGGAGAAACGGACAUUCAGCGUAAAAGGAAGUUAUAUGAAAAUUAUUAAGGAUCCAAACACAGAUAUACUCCUAUUCUUCUUUCAAGUGUGGAAAUUCAAAGGACAAAAAAUAUUCCUGGAGUUAUACCAAGCUUCUGAGAAAGGACUUGUUUCUUUACUUCACACUGAAGAACAAUCAGAAGAAAGCCCAGUUCGCACGAUGGGAAUCGACUACAAAAAUGGAACAAUAUGUUGGUCAACCUCAUUUUCACUCAAAUGCGCUGAGCUAAGGAAUGGCGCCCUUUCAAAUUUCAGAUCAAUUCUUGAUAAAUCAGAUAUCAGAAAAGUCUGUAAGAUUAACGCAACUCCAAGUGAAUAUGUUACGGGUGUUGCGAUCACUAAACGUUCAAACCAUGCUGUCAAUGUAUAUUUCGGUUGCCAAGGAAACAUUGCCCACGAAGGAGGUCUCGGGAUGGUAAUCCAAGGCACAUCAAUUGCGGACUCUCGACAUGAGAUCUUUAAUGUAACCAGCAGGGGUAAGAAAGUAUUAGGGGGUAUAUUGUUUACUACAGAGACUCUCCCUGUGACGUGUGCAACUGUGGUGAAUUAUCCAAAUGAUGGGAGAAAAACAUCCGAGGGACAGAAACCUGUUAAAAGUGGGACAAUGAUAACAUAUCAAACCUUUAACACUGUAGAACUGAAAAUACUGGGCACUUUUAUCUACAUUCUUUUUAACAUUAAUGUAUUCUAUUAAAUCAAGCAUUUUUUAUUUUCCUAAACUUAAACAAACUCCUGGUUUUCAGGUAAAUAAUG